UACACUUAUAAUUUCUUAGCUGAAAAUAAAUAUUGGAAACACAAUGGUCAUGCGUUUUAGUGGUAAAAGGCUUCAUAGAACUCAAUAGCCUAACACAUGCUAUAUAAAUUACCAUAAUCAUUUCAUCCCUUUUCAUUCCAAUCCCUCUCUCCCAAUAUCAUUGUCAUCAUCCCUAAUGGCCAAGGCUAUCAUUUUGAAGCUGUUUGUUAUUCUUUCAUUGUCAACAAUGGUUAUGGCUAGGCCAAUUAGUUCCACAACAACCCUUGCAACACGUUUAUUUGUUGGCGAGAACAACAAAUGUUGGGAGACAAUGUUUGAGCUUCAACAUUGUACUGGCGAGAUUGUCCUCUUUUUUCUUAACGGCGAGACAAAACUUGGAUCGGGCUGUUGCAAUGCACUUCUCACUAUAGCCCAUCAAUGCUGGCCCAAUAUGCUUACUUCUUUGGGCCUCACACCUGAAGAAGCUGAACUCCUACGUGGAUAUUGCGAUGGUAUUGCAUCCGUCAACAAAUCGCUGCCACCAUUUGUCACUGUUAAUGCGCUUGGCCCUAUCAUGUCCAAUGACUAAUUUUUGUUGUUCAAGUUUCCACUCUUAUAU